UACAUUCGGUCUAGCUGCUUGUUGACACUGCAUAUUCAGACGCCAGACGUGUUCGGUUUUUUAUUUUCUUAUUAUUUGGCGUCCGUAACUGACUAGUGUUGUUUACUCGUGUGCACGGAGAACGAUUUUAAUUAAGUAAACCACCGACGUCAAUCUUUUGCGAUAUUAAUUUCGUUCGAUUGAUUUGUUUGUUUACGUCGUUGUUUUGUUGCGUUAUUAUCUCGACGCGUACCGUUUUUCUCGAAACAUCGUCAACAAACAACGGGAUUGGUUUUUAAAGAUGGCGAACGAUAGGGUAACAUCGAACUCGAGGUUUCAAGAACCGUCUCACAUGCCAAUCGAAACGCUACUAUUCAAUGAUAUUAUUGAAGAGAAGAGUACACAGUUGCGUGAAAUUAUGGAUCAAUUUUUGCAAGUACAUUCUUUCAGUAAAUUUGAAACUGAAUUCAGUUUAUUCAUAAGGCGCAUAAAACACAUUACAAAAGAUGGACAGCGCAAUGGCACAAACCUCACACGUCACACAAUGCAAUUUCCUUCAGAUAAUGAGGCACAACCGUCGAGUAAACCAACGGAAGAUGCCGGGUCGCAGGAACAUGCUGAACCUGCUAAUGUAUUUAAACGACCAUCAGUCCCUGAAUAUAAGCCCAGAACAACGUUGACGCUUAACAACCAACCGAACAAUAUUCUUAAUAAAACAAUGAACUUAUGUGACACAAUUAUUGAAGAAAGUUUAACCAAUGAUGACACUCAAAAAGAUAUUCAACUUCCGGAAUGUCUACCACCAACUGCGCCAAUACCAUCUUCUGGGUCAUCGCAAAGUGAUAAUGCAUCAUCUACCAUCUUCAAUAAUGAAAACGAUGACGACACCAUGGAAUCUAAUUCCGAUUUAGUUGAGUCUGUUCAGAUAUCAAAUAAUAGUGACAAUACCAGCACUUCUCAACUUAGUCAAGAUCAGUCUAAUUGUUCAGCAAGACGUCUGGGAAAUAGUAAAGUGAAGUAUCUAACCAAGUGGUCAGUAAAUACCAAGCCAAUUAAAUCUAACAAAGGCAAUUCAAAACCAGUCAUUACAUUAACAGGUACUUUAUUAGCAGGAGAUCAAACCACAAUAUUGAAGAAAGUUCAUAGAGCUGGUAUUUUGGUAGCUCGAAAAACAAAACAUAUUGUCAAAACAGAUAAUGGAUUAUACCGUCUAAUUGGUCCAAUUACUGAAGGAUCUCCAGUUAAUUUGUAUCGUGCAUGUGUAGAAGUAAAUGGUAUUCCAAAGACCUGGAGAAAUAUUUUAAAAAAUUUGUCUAUGGAAGUUGAAGUAAAUCUCAAUGAGAGUAUGACUAGAAAAGGCACAAUCUAUAACAAGGAAAAAGUGGCUGGUCAUAACUCUUCUGAAACAGAAGCCCUGGUUGGAUGUGAUUUACUCAAUGACAAUGAUUUUCGUCAACAACUGGCAGAAAUAUCAACAUCUAGAAAAAUAAAACCAUUUGAAGUCUGUCAUACUCCAAGUCAACUUUUGAAGCAUAAAUUUCACCGAAAGUUUGUUAAAGCUUGCUUAAUCGUCAGCAGUCAAUGCAAUACUGAUGAGAAGAUGGAUGAAUAGUUUCAACAGCAUGAAAAUAACUAAGAAAUCAAAACUACAAAAACUAACGGUGCAUAUACUAAAUUUUUUUUUAAAAUUGGACAAUUGAAAGAUUUACAUUAUAUUAAGUUAACUUUUAAGUUGACUCCAAAAGCAUUGUGUCCUCAUAUUAUAUUUCUGUUAACUAAUUUUAUUUUUGUUUUUUCUUAAAACAAUAUUAUUAUACUAUAUUUGUAUUCCUAUUAGUUUCAUAAUUAAUAAUUAAUGAUUUUGUUAUGUUUAAAUAGUGUUGAUAAAACUAUUGUUAAACAACUACGCAAUAUUUGAAAACAUAAAGUUUUUUUUUAUGUGAA